AUGCCACUGAACGAGCCUAGUGAAUCUAUUGCUAAUUUGACAAAACCACAGCUCUAUUCGUUGUAUGACGAGAAUAUAGUGAGUCCAGAAGAGUCAUUCGCUGUUUUGCAAAAAGCUGAUAAUAAAGAUAUAGCUAACAGGGAUAAGGCUAAGUUUAAGUACAAGAGCAAGGUAGGUAAAUUCAAUAAGAUUGUAAGCAAUGUCAUAAUAUUUGCCCUAAUGGGUAAUAUCUACAGUUCGCUCCUAGCUAAUCUACACGAUUACAAGAUUUCAUUCUAUAGAAAUGAGCAAAGUAAUUCAAUCCUGACCAACUCACUUGAAGGCAUCUUCUGUGGUUUGAUUACUCCACUAAUUGAUUGGUUGCUGGGAUUGAAUACCUGUGAGAAUGAUUUAGUCAAGAUUUUUAGAAUUUGUAAUGCAAUGUUGGGUGUUAUAUUUGGUGUUAGAAAGAUUCAAUGGACUUCUUCAUUGCAAGGCUCCAUUGCAUGGUUUUUGUUGAAUUUUAUACUAUGGUUGUUUUUUGAUGGAACCCCUUCCCUAUUUAUAAUUUCGUCAUUUUUAUCGUACUUAACUGGGCUAUAUCAUUAUAGUGUAAGCAAUGAAUGGUCUGAAGUUAUUUACUUGAUAGAUUUCUAUUUUCUUGGAUUGAUUAUAUUUGGCAAAAUUGGCAGAUAUUUAUUUAGGUAA